AGGAGGAGCCUCAGCCUCAAAGACUAGUUUUUUCUACACUGUAACAUUUCUCACCUGGAGCUCUAGGCCCAGAUGGGCAUCUGUUACAAUCUUUUUCCUUCAGUCUGGAUCAGUACAUCUGUCUCAGGCGCGGAGGGUACCCUCCCGUCCAAAGCUCAUUACCCUCAGAAAACACCUGGGCAUACCUGAGUCUGAGAGGGGCAUCUGGAAAGACUCUCUUCGGCCUCUCUGCCUCCGAAAUCUCCCCACUCUCCAGACCACUUUCCCACUUUUGUCUGUUGUCGUCCUGCCUAACCAGGAACCGAAGAGCAUUCCGUUCUAUUCCAGAAUGCCUGCCAGCCCCUUCCGCUUAGUCAAGAAUCGGACAACCGGAGAUGAGCUGAUCUUGGCCUUUUCAGGGAUAAGCACUCAGCCAUUGGGUUGGGCAAAGUUCCAGUUUCCUUUAGUUCCACACACUACAGCUCAGGCGGAGCACCUUGCAGGCCUCCCGGGGGCUCCGUGCUGAGAGGCCUGAACCAGUCGGGUAGGCGGGAGUCAUCAUCGGCCUACCCUUUCGUCUGCCUCCUUCCUGCUCCAGUUUCAUCUACCAUAGCAGGGCGGCUCUUCAUAUGGCUGCCAUGUUCUUGAGGUGUGACUCCCACCCCCUAUCGGCCGCGGAAAUCCCACCCACCCUCCGUCCAAGCCCAGCCUCCAGGAAGCCUCCCUCAACUGCACACUGCGCCAAGUGUCUCCUGUGGCGGCCCCCGGGUCCUCCCGGAGACUCGCAGCCAGUCACGCGUGACCCUGUUUGUCAGGAGAUGCACAGUGUGACCCAGCAGCAGUGGGAUCCUCAGGCCCAGGAAGCAUCUGGGCUCCAGCCCAUGUGGUUUUCAGAGGCAGAACCAGAAGGAGGAACCAACUCAAGCUUCCAACCAGGAGACACGACUGGCCAGUUCUCUUCUUCAUCCUUGCCCAACAGAGAAGUCUGGUCAUUCCUCAAAGCCAUUCCUUCCAUUCCAGAUGAGGCAGUGGUCAAGCGGAAGUCCCCACGUGGUUCCUGGAGGGUUGGCACUCUCCGCCAUGGGAAGCGAGUCAACGCCAUUGCCAUCAGCAGUGCUCCCCGACAUGUGUACACAUGUGGCACUGGCUACAUCAGGGUGUGGGAUGAAGAUGCGCUGCAUGCCUCAGACAGGGCACCUAAGGCCCAGCUGGACUUUCAGGACCCUCGGAAUCGUGUCCUUACAUGCAAGCUGUUCCCGGAUGAGCAGAGUCUCAUCACAGGAGGAAUGGCCAGGGCUCUAACUCUCUGGGACUUGGCACCCACCCCCCAGAUCAGGGCUCAGAUGGCUUCCACGGGCUCCAUAUGCUACUCCUUGGCCCUUUCCUCUGAUGCUCACAUCUGCUUGGCUUCUUUCAAAGGAUUUGUGGAGAUUUGGGAUGUGCAGAACCAAAUUUUGAUCAGGAAACAUGAAGUCCCUCCCUAUGGGUCCCGGUGUGUGGACAUCACAGGCUUUAAGUUCUGGACAGGUGGGGAAGACACCACCCUAUAUUCCUGGGACCUGAGGAGCUACCAGAAGCUGCAGCAACACAACUUAUGCCAUGAGAUCCUUAGCAUCACCCAUGAUCCCAGUGAGGAAUGGGUGCUAGCCGGCUUGAAGAUGAGCGACAUUGUCAUCCUGCAUGCUCACCGGGAGGAGAAGUAUAAAGCUGUUGUCCAAAGAUACACACAACAUCACAACCUCAAGUUCGCCUCUUGCGGGACCUAUUUUAUGGCCACGCUGGAUGAGAUGAUUCACUGCUUAGCCGCACCCUCUCUAAGAAGGUUGUUCCAGGCAGAGGAGUGCUAUGACAUUUUGUGCUGUGACGUGUCCUCUGAUAAUCGGUAUCUGGUCACGGGUUCCAAGGAGAGUGCCACGGUAUAUCAGCUCUUAUACUGAAGGUUGUGGGCUAUGGUCUUGCCAGUGAAGAACCGCAGAGAUCAGACCACGUGAGCUCACAGUACUGGACAUCUUCCAUGACCUGUCUCCCUCUACUUGAGCCUUGAGGGCUGGCUGGCUGCACUCCCAGGCUUUGCUUAUACAGCUUGGGGACUUUUCUUUUUGUUUCAUCCCCUAUCACUGAUUUCUGUGCUUGGUGGGUAACUUUAUGAGAUGUGGCUUUGGAAUUAAUAAAACAGAAUACCGUUCGUGUGUUUCAGAUAA